CACGACCGCUUGUGAACGCCUCUCCAACCCGCACAUCCACCAUGGCCUCGAAACUGGUCCCGCUCGCCUUCCGCAGCGCCUCGCGAGCCCUGCGCGUCCAGCGCCCCCAAUGGCGCGCAUUUAGCGUCUCGCGGCCGGCUCGCAGCGACAACCUCAUGGUUCACCGCGACAGCCCUGAGAACAACCCUUCAAUCCCGUUCAAGUUCACGGAGCAGAAUGAGCAGCUCAUCCAGGAGAUUGUCUCGCGGUACCCCUCUAACUACAAGAAGGCCGCCGUCAUGCCGCUGCUCGAUCUCGGCCAGCGCCAGCACGGGUUCUGCAGCAUCAGCGUCAUGAACGAGGUUGCGCGGAUACUGGAGAUGCCGCCCAUGCGCGUGUACGAGGUCGCGACCUUCUACACCAUGUACAACAGGACCCCCGUGGGCAAGUUCCAUGUGCAGAUCUGCACAACGACGCCCUGCAUGCUCCGCAACAGCGAUGCUGUCAUGAAGGCCUGCGAGGACACGCUGGGCAUCCACCACGGCCAGACCACCAAGGACGGCCUCUUCACCAUGACCGAGGUCGAGUGCCUCGGUGCAUGCGCAAAUGCCCCCAUGCUCCAGAUCAACGACGACUUCUACGAGGACCUAACCUACGAGACGACCCAGUCGCUUCUCAACGCGCUCAAGCACGCCACCGAGACCACGGGCGCCCAGCCCGGCGCCCCCGGACUCGCCAGCGCCAGCGGAGCGGAGCAGGGCAGCAAGGGCGAGGCAGCACUCGAGUCGCAGGGCCGGGGCUACGCGACCGGCGGCGUCAAGCUCCCUUCUCCUGGACCUCUGAGCGGACGAGUCAGCUGCGAGCCUGCGGGCGGAUUGACAGCGCUGAAGGGCGAGUUCUGGGGCAACGAAAAGCUGAGGACGGACGGUGCUCUCGAUUGAGCGUGUAUAUGUGUUUGUCUGCUUUCUCGGGAUCUGGAAGUCGUUGCAUCUAGCGACUGAUUGCGAU